AUGGGAAAUUACUCUUCCUGCCAUUUCAAGGCCCAUAAGCCCACAGCGAAAUUCGUCGACUCUGAUGGGAAUCUCCAGCGGUUAGAGAUUCCAGUGAAAGCUGCGGAGCUCAUGUUAGAAUCGCCUGGUCACGUGAUCUGUCAGGCCGAGGAGAUAAGGCGCACGCGCCGAGUCUCGGCGAUGAGAGCCGACGAGGAAUUGGAGGCUGGGAAGAUUUACCUGCUUUUCCCGGUUGGGAGAGCGAAUUGCAAGGCUUCGGAUGCAGAGAUGGCUAGGAUCGAUGCCACGUGUCGCCGGAUGAGAAAAGGGAAGAGCAGGGGAUGUAAGAAGGUGUUCCCGGAUGCAGAGCAAGCGAGAGAUAGCUCGCUUGAGUGCCACGUGUCAGAUGAUAGUCGAGAGAGUGAUACCGGCUUUCCCGGUCAUCAGCUGAGUAAUUACCGACCGUGGACUCCCGUGCUCGAGACCAUCGAUGAAGGAAUUUGA